UUAUCCCGCUCGCCCAAUACGAAUAGGAGAGAGAAAGUAGAGAGGGAAAGAGAGAGGAGAUGGAGAGGUAGAGAGAGGAAUUUCAUUUUUGGUCCUGAAGCAUCUCCUACUUGCAGAAGAGUCCGUCCGUACAUAUAAAAGCUUAGGGUUUUAAGGCGGCUCAGAGAGACAAAACGAUUAGGAUUCGUGUCGUUUUUUCCCUUUGAAUCUAGGGUUUCGGUUUUUCUCCCCAUUUUCCUUCUUCCCGGGAAUUGAAAAAUCGUAGCUCCAGUGAUUUUUCAGAAAAUAUAUGAUAGAAGAAAAGAAAAAUUAGGGAGAAAUUUUGUAUUUUUGUUCUUUGUAUGAGAUAAAUUAGGGUUUCGAAUUUGAUGGACGAGAUCUGGGAGCGAGCCGUUGAGACAGCGCUAGAGGGCCAGACUGACCACGCCGCGGCUCGAGCCCUAACCCUUGACGGCGCCGUUAAGUGUGUCCAGGGUCGCCUGCCCCCUCCGGGCCUUCUAGAGAAGUUCCAGAACCUUCAGCACCUCUCAAUCGCAAACGUCGGCGUUUCGUCCCUGGAGCAGUUCCCGAGGCUCCGAAAUCUCCAGAAGCUCAUCCUUUCUGAUAACAGAAUCGCCGGCGGCCUCGAAUUCCUCGUCGAAGCCGGACUCAACUCGCUGAGGGAUCUCGACCUCUCAAACAAUCGGAUUCAGCAGGUCGAGGAUCUCGCGCCGCUGGCGCAGCUGAGGCUCGUCUCGCUUGAUCUGUAUGAGUGUCCGGUCACGCACGUCAAGGAUUAUCGAUCUAGGGUUUUUGGAUUGAUUAAAUCGUUGAAGUAUUUGGAUAAGAUGGACGCGGAUGAGAACGAGAGGCCGGAAUCUGACGAUGAGGAGGAGGAUGAAGAGGACGAGGAGGAUGAUCCUGGGAGUGGUGAAAUUGACGGGGAGGAGCGGCCGUUUGAGAUGACCAAUGGGCACAGUGAGGCGGUUGAGGGAGUUGUGGAUGUUGAUGAGGAUGAAGAGAGUGAUGCGGAUGAGGAGGAGACGGUGACUGCGGGCAGAGUGAACGGAGCGAAUCACCCAGCUGAGAACGGGUUCCGGUUUGCUGCGGCUGGUGAAGAUGGCGAUGAGGAUGAGGAGGAGCCCGAUGAGGAUGAUGAGAAUGAUUCUGGUGAGGAAAUCGAUGAGGAUGGCGAGGAUGACGAUGUGGUGGAAGUUCAUGAGAUUGAGGAUAGUGAUGAUGAGGAAGAUGGGGUUGAGUAUGAUGAGGAUGAUGAUGAUGACGACGACGAUGAAGAUGACGAGGAAGAGGAGGUUGACAAUGAUGAAGGGGAUUUGGCAGAGCCGGAGAGUACAGGGCGGUUGACGAGCACGGAGGGAGAGAUUGAUGGGCAUGAGCAAGGGGAGGAUGAUGAUGCAGAUGAAGAUGAUAAUGGCGAGACGGGAGAGGAAGAGCAGUUAGUAGAGGAAGAUGUAGAGUUUGAGGAUGAGGAUGGUGAUGAAGAGGAAGAGGACUAUGGUGGAGGUUACUUGGUUCAACCAGUAGCACAGGCGGAGGAAGAAGAUGCUGGGGGCAGUGACAUGGACCCUGGGAACGAAGAAGGAGAUGGCGAAGAGGAGGAAGUGGAAGACGAAGAAGAUGACGAAGUUGAGGUGCUACCCCCCUCGUCGUCAUCCCAACUCAAGCGGAAGAGAGACGGAGAUGCAGAUUCAGACGACAAUGGAGAGGACGACGAGGAAGAUGAUGAUGUGGUUGAGUACAGCAAGUCUUCGAAGAAGCAUCGUUGACAGAGAGUGACGUGGAGUUAUGAUUUGUCCGAGUAAUGUUCCAGGUGGCAAUGAUUGUGAGGUGGCUAUGGGAUUUGAGACCUAAUGUUAGAGGCGUCGAUCCGAUAUGCAAGAGUGCAGCAAAGUAUGAUGCACUUGGUUGUAUGCAAAAUAUGAUGCACUUGGUUGUAUGGAGUUACCGAGCGAAAUUAAAUUAGCAUUUUAUAAAGAAAAGGUUGUUGGUCAUAAGCUCCUGAGCUGAACUUGUUGACGGCUUUACUCAAAA